GAGCUUCCAGCGGAAGAGGCGGAGUUUACAUUUGAGAACUCGCAUAGACUCCCUGUUUGGAUUGGGGGGCAUGUUUUCCAUGCGGUAACGCGGCGUCUCUCCGGCGUCUUCUUAGCGCCCGCCUAUCAGCAUGGCGAGCACAUUGAUCGCUGCCGGCCUCACCAUCGCGGUUGCAGGAUUUGCAGGCCGUUAUGCCCUGCAAGCCUUCAAGCACCUGGAGCCGCAGGUCAAGCAGGCGAUCCAGACCCUGCCCAAGUCGGCAUUUGCUGGUUAUUACAAAGGUGGAUUUGAACCCAAAAUGAGUAAAAGGGAAGCCGCGCUGGUCCUCGGGGUGAGCCCCACAGCCAAUAAACUGAAGAUCAGGGAGGCUCACCGGCGGAUAAUGCUGCUCAAUCACCCGGACAAAGGCGGAUCUCCAUAUAUCGCGGCCAAGAUUAACGAAGCAAAGGAUUUUCUGGAAUGUCAAGCGAAGAAAUAGACGCGAGUGACCAAGAGCACCCUAGACGCUUUAUAACUUACCUCGUGGAAAAUCCAUCAUCCGGGAUUUCUGGGGACGUGAUUGUCAAUAAAGCUAAAUGAAUUGUGAUCGGGGGCAGGGAAUUUCUGCCUCUUUCUUGCCUGCAAUGGCUGAUAACAGGGAACGAUAGCGGGCGUCUCCACCGGGACUGCACCCGGCCCAGACCUGGCGAUGGAGGGUUCUCCUUUCCGAUGCUCUGCCCCGGCUGAUAACAGAGAACGGUACAUGAUGCUGCUGUACGUGGACUGCUUUCGUGUCCCCUUACUGGUAUUUAAAGGAAUGUUCCAGUUUUAUGUGAUUGAAACCUUAUUAAUUCAAUGAAAACUCGACAGCUUUCUAAUAUACUUUGUGUUCCAGUUCCUCAACAUUUUCUGCUUGCUGUCAGUGAAUGGAAACUUCCACUGUUUAUACUCUGAGUCUAACAAAGAGUACUGACCUGCGAGCAGCCUCUGAAUGUAAAUAGAAGUUAUCCUGUUCUCUCACAGCAAGCAGAGAUCUUAAAAAUGAUGAAUAGAAUCCAUACUUUUAGAAAAUAAAUCUUUUACAAGA